AAUCAAUUAGGUUGUCGGUCGUCUCGACUUUCUACAGCUUCAACCGAAUCAAGUCAAACUAAUGGAGAGUAUGGCUGAAAAGGCCUAUGGUUUUGAUCGGUAUUACAAUGACAAUCCGCCUACAUUAGUUCCGUCUACUUGGAGUAAAAACUAUGGUAUCGGUCUCUAUGGUAGGAUUGGACUCAUAUGCCACAAUCUUCAGAAGGGAACAAACUUAAAGUUUAAACGCUUGGAGAAACAUACAACCGAGCUGACUGGGUACCUCAGCUACUACAUAACUUUGGAGGCAACGGAUCCGGCCACUGGCUCUGUCUGCUCUUUUCAGACUCAGUUUAGCGAUGCAGGAAGCCGCAUUUAUUGUUCAAAUCUCAAUGUAUGAACACUCAAAGAUCUCAAUAAGAAUAACUCAACUCUUAUUGUUAGAUUAAGAAAACUCUCUCAAAAACUUAAGCUCUCACAAAAGAUCUCUCUUAAGUCAUAAGUUAUAUCACAAGUUGAUAUCUCCUUAUAUAGAUCCUAAUAUUUCCUAAUCUCACUUAUCAAACCAUGUUUCUGUUUUUCCUAAUCCUAACUCAACUAGGAUUAGUAUUUCUUGGACUCCAAGUUAACAUCAAGUUUACUUUCAGCAGCAUUUCGUUGGGGGCUAGGAUUACCUGGUUUACCAUAGCCUCCAGAAUCAAACAAAUACGUAACGAGCCUGUAGAUGAUGAAUGGGAGGAGGAGGACACACCUGGAAUACAUGAGUUCUACAAAGUUCCGAUGCCCAAAUGGUUUUCUGAUGAAGCCUUGGAACGUGACAGUAAAAAGUAUUACGUGGUGCCAGAAUCAGAUCUGCAUGACAAUGACUGGCUUCAACUUCUCAUGGAAGUCGCCUUCUUCUCCAAAGCAGAUCGUUGUUUGGAUGCUUACCUACCCUUGGAGCUCAAGAACGUUGUUGUGGAAACUUUUGAAUAUUACACAACUGUCUCCGGCGUGGCUGUACAAGACGUUCUCUCACCACCGAUUACAACUCAAUCGGUUUACAUGAAGAAGAACAGAGAUAACCCCAAAGAAGAACAGAGAUAACCCCAAAGAAACCCUAACCCGAGAGUAUCAUCCUCAUGCACACUCUAGUCUCGAAGAUGUAUCGAAGAAGAUGAUUCACUUAGGAAUAUAUCAGAAGCUUCUCUUUAUACUGACUCACGUGCAAGUCACGUGCUCAACUAAUCAAGCUCAGCUACAAACCUUCUCCUGCCACCAGAAGCUCUCAACACUUACUUGCUUAGAUUUUGCUUCUCUGUUUGUAUAAUGGAAUAAAAGAAAAAAAGUGAAAAUUGUAUUCGCUAAUUUUUGAAUAUCUCAUGCUCAUAGCAAAAGAAAAAUCUGAAAACUGUUUCCCUAAUAUUAAUAAUAUAUGUUCCGA